GGGUGGCGCCGCGCCAGCCCGUUGCGUGCUAGUGUUGUGUCACAGCGGUGGGCCAGGUCGGUUUCGAGAUUUCGUUCGUCCCGACUGAAUCAUGGCUCUUAACACGGACGGUGAACAGAAAUCGAACCUGGUCCUCCGCGUGGACCAGGAUUCGGAGACGGUUCUACAGUCAUUGUUCGACACAGUGCUCAAGCCGGACUCGAAGCGGCCGCUACAGGUGCCUCUACGUAUGCGACAGCUUCCAAAGUCGUUCUUUAACCCGCCGUCGACCGGUUCCAAGUCGCCAUCUGUGUCUCACUCGCGAGAAAACUCGGCUGACUCGGCAUUCGGAUCGUCGUCCGCGACUGGCGCCGCGCCGGUGUCACACUCUAGAGCACACUCAUCGCCCGCGAGCUUGCAGCAGACUUACGCGGCGGGCCAGCAGACUCAGCAACCGCCGCUACACCACCAACAUACCAAACAGAGAUCCUAUGAUGUCGGCUCACAUAUUCCAGAUGAACUGGGACCCCUCCCUGCUGGAUGGGAACAAGCGCGCACUCCUGAAGGACAGAUAUAUUAUCUCAAUCACAUAACAAAGACUACGACAUGGGAGGACCCGCGGAAGUCACUCGCGGCGCAAGCUGUCACCAACAGCGUCCAGCACCAAAGCGCCGAGACGCUACUCUCACAGAACACAGCCCAAACGAUCAAUUCACCUACCACAGCAGCAGCGAAGAGUACAAGUAGUAACACGACGACAGACCCGCUGGGGUCGCUGCCUGAUGGCUGGGAACAAGCCACCACACCAGAAGGCGAGAUUUACUUCAUCAAUCACGCGGCACGCACCACGUCCUGGUUCGACCCUAGAAUACCUCAACACUUGCAACGUACACCAGUUGGCAGCACCGGUGCGGCAGGCGGCGACUGGGCCAGCGCCUCGCUGCAAGCCUGCCAGCAGAAGCUGCGCUUGCAGUCGCUGCAGCUCGAAAGGGAGCGUCUCAAGCACCGCCAGCAGGAGAUCAGACUUCAGCAAGAGUUAAUGGCCCGACAAGCGUCAUCGAUUGUGUCGUCGCUAUCAGGAAGUACAACCGUCGCAAGCACAGAGUUGCCAUUGGACCCAUUCUUGUCAGGAUUAACGGAUCAUCAACGGCAGGAAUCAGCUGACAGUGGCCUUGGCAUGGCUGUUACCCAGUCCUACUCGAUGCCUCACACGCCUGAAGAUUUCCUCGCCGGCAUGGAUGACCGUAUGGACUGCAGCAGUGAGACCGGCGCCAACCUUGACUCCACGGACAUUGCGCUCGGCGACAACAUCGACUCUACAGAUGACUUGGUAUCGUCUUUACAGUUGAGUGAGUUCCCAAACGACAUACUGCUGGAUGAUGUGCAGUCUCUGAUAAACUCUACACCGAGCAAGCCCGACAACGUGCUCACGUGGUUGUAAGACCUAUCUAACAAACUUUCAAAUUAGGUAUUAUUUGUUAAUUUAGUACUUACCGCUUCAAGCCGCUCGACCGUUAUACAGUGUCGGUGACUAAACGGUAACUGUGUAAAUUUCAAUAUGAAAUGACAAUAACGUAUCGUGUGAUCGGACGUGAGUUGGAGUGCCGAGUGAGUCCGGUAGUGAAUGUGCGAUCGCCCCAACCACUUAUUAUGCAGAAUUGGUAUAAUGUCUCUGCAUUUAUUCGAAUGAGAUAGAAUUACAAAAUUCUGUGUAACUAAUAAGUGAAACUACGAAAUAAAUGAAGAAUUUAGUGUGUGCGACUCUGUAAUAACAGUGUACGUGAUGUAACUAAUUGAAGAUCAUUUCGGCGUCACUUGUUUGUAAACGAUGUAUUUGGGUACAUUGUAAGGGCAUUCAGGAUAGCAUGCAAUGUCAUUUGACUCCUUGGCACCCUUACAAGUAAAAAUGUUGCGACUUGCAUGCUGUCAGAUUGAUUCAGUUCAAAAGUAAAAGGGCUAAGUAACUAUAGGUAGUAGGCCAUGACUAUCAUAAUGGCUAGUCAUAUUUAGUUACUAGAUGACGGUUCCUGCAAGCCUUCUUUCCUUGCUGAAAGUUGCCGCGUUGCAAUCCAUCUCUCGUGAAUUAGGUUUCUCAUAUUCUUUCAUUUGAGAUUAUAGGAAAUCCCUUUUCCGUUUGGUUGUUUAGGUAAAAUAUGAUGUGUCGCUGAUUCGGACGAUAGCGUCUCAUUAUCGUAAACUAAGAUUGUGAUAACAUCUCGACGUAACAGUGCCUUAUUGUGCCUUUAUAAAAAUUAUUUAUUGCGUUUUGUAAUUUAGAUGAUAUCGAUAUAUUUCUACAUUUUUUUCUAUGUUCAGAUAUUGAUGUAUUAAAUAAAUAAAUCGGACAGAAUUAAACUACUUAUUUUAGUAACGUGUUUUGUCUACUUACCGUCCUUGUGUAUUUUUGAGAUUAUGCUUAGUGUUAAGUUUUAUAGGUAAUCGUAAACUAGACAAUAAUGUCAGCAGCUAUUAUCUUAACUAUUAUGUUUUGUCGGUAAACAAUGUGGUGCAGCUAGGUAGCGACAUAGGGAUAGCGAGUAGUAUGCAACGGACAGCCGACGGAACCUUUGACCUUGGUAUGUAGCGUAAAACAAAUGGUGCGUCGGCUUUCGAUAUUGACAACUUUACGAGAACGUGCAAUAUCGUAAUAGUUGUCUUCACGGGAUUUAUCAUCCAACAUGGUGCCAACUGCAGACGCUGUUCUAGCAUGUUUUUACUGUUGAGUAUUACUUCGUUAAACUUCUUAUCUUA